AUGAGGCCUUGGAAUGGAAUUCAAUCCCUUCUGGCUAGCAGUCAGUGUCUUCGCAGCACUGAUGCCCGUGCUGCCAUAUGGCUCACCUCCAUACCGAAUAAGGCAGGAAGGUCAGAGGAGCGUUCGGAGUUAGUGAGCAACGAAGAGGAUCAGAACGAGAAAAAGGCCAGGCAAAACAGUCGCUCUGAACGAAGGCGCCUACAAGCUCAACUGCGCGAAAGGGCUCAAGUAGAACUGGAACACGUGAGAGCCGCGAGGGACCAGCAGAACAACGUAGAUAUAUUCCCGUAUAAGGCUCGCGAAGGGGAUUCCUCGCCGAACUCAUCCAGCAGCCGCAGCAAGCCACGAAAGCUGCCUUUCGCCGGGUCAACAGACGUAGCAAGGGCAGGUGGCCUUACGACUUCCUCAGCUAGUUUUUCUGACGGAUGUGACGAAUCCGCCGAAUGCCCGGAAAUGCAUGGAACCCCUUUACAAGCGACCCAGGAACGAGAAGAAAUAGUACUCGAGUCUUCCUUAACAGUGACCCCUCAGCAAGAAAGCAUUCCCUGCAUUGUCCCCGAACUAGCGGCUACUGAACGACUGUGCAAUGCCGCCCUGCCCCCCGGGAGAGAAGUGUUCGACUCGAGAAUUGCUACGCAUGUUGCUUCUGAGGAAGACACUUGUGCACUAUUGGUUCAAGAGCGGAAGAUGUCAAUAUCGAGGGUGCCAGUACUAAUGGCUCGAGAAGCAGAUGUGCUGGAAGCAAGGGCAAAGUCUGUGAGGGCACCUGCGGCUCAGGGAAGAAGUUUUGCCGAAAUUAUCAAGCAGUUGUUGUCCUCCCGCAUAAUUUCCCAACGCACAGCUGCUGCACUAUUAGCUCCUGUAGAGAAUUGUGGAGGCGUGGAGGAACGUUCGCCAGGCGCUGCUGAGUGUGAGGGUCGUGGACAAGCAAGUAGCGAAGAAGUUCGAUCAUCUUUCCCCCGGGCGCUCUCUGCAACAGAAGUAGUCAAAAAGUUAAGCGAGAGUAUCUUGCGCUACCAUCCAAUGUUCCGUACAGUCCGCUCCAUCCUCAGGUCAGGCCCAGCGGAUGAGAGCAGUUCUUCGUCUUCAAGCGACGACGAUGGCACGAAUGUGCCUGUCUACAGGACAUUGUCUGUUCAGCGGCGGAGCUGCAUGAGACGGAGGGGGCCACUUCGUUUCAUUCGGAGGACCUUAUCUCGUGUGGAUUGGGCAACAAAUGCUGAUGAAGCCGUCUACAUUGAGUACGUUGCUCCGGCCUUCUCGCUUCUCCCCCCAGAAGCUGUCGAAGUCCGCUCGCCCCCUCCGGAUGCACCGCCGAAACAAAUUAAGUUGGCUUCAGAGGAGGAGGCAGCAACGAGAGCAGCAGCAGCGGCAAAAGCAGCAGCAGAAGGGGACCCGGAGAGAGAAGCAGCAGCAGCAGCAGCGGCGGCGGAUGCAGCAGCUCUAGCUACGGAAGCCAGACAAGAAGGUGCAGAAGUAGCAGCAGCAGAGGCCGAAGCAACAGCUGAAAAGGAAGCAAGAGCGCUGGCGCAAUUGGCAGCAGCGGCAGCGGCUGUAGAGGAAGCAGAAAUACAGACAUUAGCGGCGAAGGCAAGAGCCGGGCGCCUCAGUAGGGAGGAACUCGAGCUCUGGCAGCGGCGCAGGGAGGGAGGCUGA